AUGGACGAAAUUGGACUCAAUGGGGUCAAGCAAUCUCACGCGUUGGACGCGGCGGCCGAGAUAGCCACGAGAGAUGAGCACAGUCUGAAUUUCUGGCAGGCGGUUCGGCAAUUCCCCACUGCAACUUUCUGGGCUAUCGCCAUGUCUUUUAAUAUUAUCAUGGAAGGUUAUGACACAAUCUUGAUCUCCAACUUCUAUGCAUACCCCCAGUUCAAGAAGAAGUAUGGGACGUUCUAUCCGGGUCUGGACGAAUGGCUCAUUCCCACAAGCUGGCAAGUUGCGUUGAGUCUGGCGCCCACAUCAGGCAGCGUAAUUGGUCUGAUCAUCAACGGGUUCGUGACGGAGAGAUUUGGUCACCGCAAGGUGAUCAUGGCCAGCUUAUCGGUCUUGUGUGCUUUCAUCUUCAUCCCGUUCUUCGCGCCAAGUCUCCCGGUUUUGCUCCUCGGCCUGAUUCUUUGCAGCAUUCCGUGGGGGGUCUUUGGCAUCUUGGGUUCCGCAUAUGCUUCCGAGAUAUGUCCACUGGCUCUUCGAGGUAUCUUGACGUCUUUUAUCAACAUUUGCUGGGUGAUUGGUCAGCUUGUCGCUGCUGGUGUUUUGCAAGGUCUCAUCGACAAUCCAACGGAGUGGGCUUUUCGCAUCCCUUUGGCUCUUCAAUGGAUGUGGCCUCUUCCACUAUUUGCCUUGGCUUUUAUGGCUCCUGAUUCUCCCUGGUGGCUCAUCCGAAAGAAUCGGAUUGCAGAGGCCAAAGACGUCUUGACCCGACUCUCCUCCCAGGAUACGAGUUCCGAAGAAAUCGAAACCAAGUUAGCCAUGAUGAUUCACACGAACAAUCUGGAGGCGGCCACAAAGACAGAAUCUACUUACUCGGACUGUUUUCAAGGGACAAAUCUUCGACGGACAGAGAUUGCUUGUAUGGUCUUGAUGGCACAAACUCUGUCCGGAGAACAGUUUGCGUAUGGAAGCACCUACUUUUUUACUCAAGCAGGCCUCAGCUCUUCAGACUCAUAUAAGCUCAACUUUAUCGGCUUUUCGGUCGCCUUCGUGGCAACUUGUUGCUCAUGGGUACUAAUGCGAUGGUUUGGGCGACGAUCCAUGAUCAUCGGGGGAAUGACAUUGAUGACCAUCACUCUGCUUGUCACUGGUGCUCUUUCAUACCCGGCAGCCACCAGUAACGCUGAUACUUGGGCUCAGGCAAUCUUAACUGUGGUUUGGCUAGCCAUAUAUUCGAUCACACUGGGCCCGCAAUCAUUUGCUCUCGCAGCCGAAGUUUCGGCCACAAGAGUCCGCUCUCAGACUCUGUCUCUGGCGCGAAAUGCUUAUAUUUGCACGAACCUAAUUACGGGCUUGAUAGAACCGUAUCUCAUUAACCCCACGGCGGCCAAUUUGAAGGGAAAGACGGCCUUUGUAUGGAUGGGAAUCGCCAUGCUUUCUAUUAUCUGGUGCAUAUUCCGACUUCCUGAGACCAAAGGACGAACUUAUGAAGAGCUUGAUAUUCUUUUCGAAAAAGGUACGCCGGCAUGGAAGUUCAAGUCUGCGGACAUUGAUCUGAUUCGGGAUGCAAGCGAGAUAUCAGGAAAGAAGGAAAAGGUGGAACACGCGCCUGCUUGA